CUAACUUUAUUUCCACCUCUUUGACGACCUGUCACCUUGUUAAUUCUUCUCAUACUUGACCCGUGGAACCAGCGUAGCCAUGUCAUCCCGAGUGUUGCUACGGCAACAGCUGAUGCGGGAGCAGGCGCAGGAGCAGGAAAGGAGGGAGGCGCAGCAGCAGGCGUCUGUCGCUCAGCUUCGCCCAACAGAUUCCACUCCCGCCAUCUCCGUCACAGUGCCACCCAUGGCUGCCCGCCCUCCUCCAGCUCAAGUACCGGUGGAGGUUCUGAAGGUGCAAACUCAUCUUGAGAACCCAACUAAAUACCACAUCCAGCAGGCUCAGAGGCAGCAAGUGAAGCAGUACUUGUCCACCACGCUAGGCAAUAAGGUUGCCACACAAACUCUUGGUGUAUCACCCGUCCAGCAGUCAAACUCUGCUCCGGAGAUGGGCCCUUCUGCAAGCAGUGCUCCCAAUAGCCCAAUGGCACAUCUUAACCUGGGCUCCAACAAAGAAGAGAUGGAUGAUGUAAUCGACGACAUCAUCAGCCUUGAGUCCAGCUUCAAUGAUGACAUCAUGUCACUGAUAGAUUCUGGCCUACAACUCCCGAACACGCUACCAGGUAACCUUCUGGAUGUCUACAGCAGUCCUGGCAUGGCAACCUCCAACAUCAACGUCAGCAAUUCCUGUCCAGCAGAUCUGCCCAACAUCAAAAGGGAAUUUUCUGACACAGAUGCCAGAGUUUUCAUGAAGGAGAGGCAGAAGAAAGAUAAUCACAAUCUCAUUGAAAGGCGGAGAAGAUUCAACAUAAAUGACAGAAUAAAGGAAUUAGGGGCUAUGAUACCCAAAUCCAGUGAUCCGGAGAUGCGUUGGAACAAGGGAACCAUUUUAAAGGCUUCAGUUGAUUAUAUAAGAAAACUUCAGAAAGAGCAACAGAGGGCCAAAGAGAUUGAGAUAAGGCAAAAGAAAAUAGAACAAUCCAACCAGGCCUUGCUGCUCCGCAUACAGGAAUUAGAGAUGCAAGCUCGUCAACAUGGCCUCAACACAGCUGUGUCUCAAGGCCUGAGCACAGAUGCUUGCUUCCUUCAGCAACAGAUACUACAGGCAAACCAGUCCAUGCAACCUGGCGUUGAGGAAGGCCACCCUCAGAGCCACCUCAGUAUGGAUGCUGCCAUGGCACAGACUUCCCCCUUCCUCGCUAUACCUCACUCCGGUUCCCCGGCUGCUGCGGCAGUAAGCGGCCCUCUCGAUCUGGAUACCUUUAACUUUGCUGAUCUGGACGACCCCACGGCCUCUGAUCUUUACUCUGACGUGGGUCUCAGUGACAUUCUGAUGGAUGACAGCUGCACAAUGCCCACUGUCAGGUCUUCAGGUGUGCUCUUUUCCCCUGGAGCCUCCAAGACCAGCAGCCACGAUAGUAGUGUAAACAUGGAGGAUGACUUGUGACAGAAGUGACCUGUCUCUGUGUUUCUGUGCUUUUCCUCAUGUGGGACGACGUGGAAUGUUUUAAAGGGACAGUGAGUUCUUAAAAAUUCUGUCGUCUAGUCUAAGCCUGCAUGACUUUCUUUCUGCUGUAGAACAUAAAGAAGAUAUUUUGCUAAAUUUCUCAGUUAGAGCUGCACGAUUAGCAGUGGAUCAAGUGUUCUUUGUGAGUUAGUCAUUGAAUCAUUCAUUCAAAUUAAUUAAGCAUUUUUACGCAGCAAUUAACAUUUUGUCAGAACUUUUAGAAAUGUACGUUAUUUUGUUGAAUCGUGGGGCUAUUGUAAACAAAAAACUUGUGAUUCUCAAUUUAUCUAGAAUCAUGCAGCUCUAGUCUGUUGUGUUGAAGUCAAUGAUUACCAAAGCAGUUUGGUUACCAACUUUCUUCAAAAUAUCUUCUUUCGUGUUCUGCAGACACUUUUAUGGAUUUUUCAUUGUUUGGUGGACUAUCCCUUCAAAGAACUCUGUGUUGUUCUCUUUGAUUCAAGGCAGUUCAUUUGAAAAAUUAACUGUAGUAUUACAGGGUUUCAUUGGCAGUCAGUGAUUGCAAACUCCUAAAUGUUAAAUCAAGUCUGAAACGCACCCAAACCGUUUAGCCUUUUUGUAGCUAAAAUGUAGAACGUUUUAGCCAUUCUAAGCCUUCCUUUAGCCUUCAGCUGCCAUAAGGUUAAGUCAUGUGACAUUUAUUAAUGUGAUAGAUGUGUUAUUAGACUCUGCAUUCAGAGCAUGCAAGUGCACAUAUAUGUUUUUGGAGUGUAGUAGUCGUCACUUACCAUACCAAAGGGAUGUUUUGGAGUUGUUUAAUUGCAAGAACUCAUUAUUUAUAUUGUUGAUGAAAUUUUUAAGCAAUAUUUACUGCGUAUAUCAGAAAAGUCUAUUUUUUAACACUUUGCUGGCUUUACUUUCAGCCAUAUUUACUACUAACUGGUUUGAAAAUUCUACUUUUUAUUUGUUUGUUUACAACACUUCCUUUUAAGCUUAGUUAAUUUGUCCUUUUUCAAUGUUACAUUGCUAAACAAAUUUGUGACGGUGCUGGUGUUCAUGUAUAAUCUUUUUGGUGACACUUUAGAAGAAGGUAAAAUUAAUUUGGCAACACUACAAUAAGGUUUAAUUUGUUAACAUUAGUUAACAUGAACUUGCAAUUAAUAAAUCAUUUAUUAAUCUUACUUCAUGUUAAUUUAAACAUUUACCAAUACGUUAUUAAAGUCAAAAGUGGUAUCUGUUAAUAUUAUUUGAUGAAUCUAAGAAACUAAAGAGUACCAGUUAUAUUUUUUGAACUAACGUUCAAAGAUGAACUAAUGCUGCAAUAAAUAUAUUGCUAAUUGUAGUUGAUGCAUUAUAACUAAUGGAACCUUAUUGUAAAGAAGUGUUACUUCCUAUAUAUAUAUAUAUAUAUAUAUAUAUAUGUAUGUAUUUA